AUGCUCUCACAAUUGAGAACGAGGGCAAAUGCCUCUCUUCUCACCUCAAGAAGAGCUUCACAAUAUGUACGCUCUUUAUCUUCUACCUCAUCUCUCCGCACAUCAUCGGAUGACUCAGAACCAAAACUCAACAGAGUUUCAUCUACUAUCACACAACCAAAAUCACAAGGUGCUUCGCAAGCAAUGUUAUAUGCCACUGGAAUGACCGAAGAAAGAUUAAAUAAAGCACAAGUUGGUAUUUCCUCGGUAUGGUGGUCAGGGAAUCCUUGCAAUAUGCAUUUAUUGGAACUCAACCAUAAAGUAAAGGAAGGAGUUGAAAGAGCUGGUUUAGUAGGAUAUCAAUUCAACACCAUUGGAGUUUCUGAUGGUAUUUCUAUGGGUACAAAGGGUAUGAGAUAUAGUCUUCAAUCAAGAGAUUUGAUUGCAGAUAGUAUUGAAACUGUUAUGGGUGGUCAAUGGUAUGAUGCAAAUAUCUCAAUUCCUGGAUGCGACAAAAAUAUGCCCGGUGUUAUGAUGGCAAUUGGACGAGUUAACAGACCAUCUCUUAUGGUUUAUGGUGGUUCAAUUAAACCAGGAUGUGCCUCAACUCAAAAUAAUGCAGAUAUUGAUAUCGUUUCCGCAUUCCAAGCCUAUGGACAAUUCAUUACUGGAGAAAUUACGGAAGAACAAAGAUUCGAUGUUAUUCGUCAUGCUUGCCCAGGUCAAGGUGCAUGUGGUGGAAUGUAUACUGCAAACACAAUGGCAUCAGCAAUUGAAAUUAUGGGAAUGACCCUUCCUGGAUCCUCCACCAACCCAGCAGAUUCCAAGGCUAAAUUACUCGAAUGCUUCGCAGCCGGUGGUGCCAUUAAGAAUCUUCUUAAAGAGGACAUCAGGCCUAGAGAUAUCAUGACUAGACAAGCCUUCGAAAAUGCUAUGGUUCUUGUCACUAUCACUGGAGGAUCUACUAAUGCUGUUCUUCAUCUUAUUGCUAUGGCAGAUGCUGUAGGAAUUAGGCUCACGAUCGAUGACUUCCAAGCUGUUUCUGACCGAACACCUUUCCUCGCAGAUCUCAAACCAUCCGGUAAAUACGUUUUCAAUGACCUUUAUAGUAUCGGUGGUACUCCUGCUCUCAUUAAACUCCUCAUCAAAGAAGGUGUUAUUGAUGGAUCAGGAAUGACUGUAACUGGUAAAACUCUCGCUGAGAACGUCAAGGAUGUUCCUGAUUUCCCAUCCGAUCAAGAAAUCAUUCGUCCAUUCUCAGCUCCUAUUAAAGAAACCGGUCAUAUCCAAAUUCUACGUGGCUCCCUCGCACCAGGUGGAUCUGUCGGUAAGAUUACCGGUAAAGAAGGAUUACGAUUUGUCGGAAAAGCGAAGGUUUAUGAUGCUGAAAAUGAUUUCAUUGAAGCUCUCGAACGUGGUGAAAUUAAGAAAGGAGAGAAGACUGUUGUAGUCAUUCGUUAUGAAGGACCAAAGGGUGGACCAGGUAUGCCAGAGAUGCUAAAACCAUCUUCAGCAAUUAUGGGUGCAGGACUUGGAAAGGAUGUCGCACUUAUUACCGAUGGACGUUUCAGUGGAGGAUCUCAUGGAUUCUUGAUUGGACAUAUUGUGCCUGAAGCACAAGUUGGAGGACCUAUUGGAUUGGUUAGAGAUGGUGAUAAGAUUAUUAUUGAUGCAGAGACCAGAGUGUUGGAUUUGGAGGUUGAAGGUGGUGAGGAGGAAUUAGAAAGGAGAAGAAAAGAGUUUGUUGCGCCUCCGUUGAAAUAUACCAAGGGUACAUUAGCGAAAUAUUCGAGAUUGGUGCAGGAUGCUAGUCAUGGAUGUAUUACCGAUGGGGAUAUUGUUGAGGCAUGA